CUCGAUACAGCCGGUCAAGAGGAGUUCAGUACGAUGCGAGAACAAUACCUCAGGACAGGGCAUGGCUUUCUUCUAGUCUUUUCUGUUGUCGAUCGAAACAGUUUUGAAGAGGUGAUUCGAUUACAUAAAAUGAUAUUGCGAGUGAAGGAUCGUGAUGAAUUCCCGAUGAUGUUAGUUGGUAAUAAAGCUGAUCUAGAGGAUGAACGACAUGUGAGUUCAUGA